CCCGCCCCGCCCCAUGGGCGGGUCCUAGGGAGUCUUAACGCGCCCUCGCGCGGCGCCGGGCCUCGGCCGCUGCCAGUCACUGCUGCCUGAGCGGCUUUCUCUGGGUCUCUGUCCUCGGCUCCUUGUCCUUCUCCCGGCCACGCCAUGGAAGGCUACCACAAGCCUGACCAGCAGAAGCUGCAGGCCCUGAAGGACACGGCCAACCGCCUGCGCAUCAGCUCCAUCCAAGCCACCACUGCCGCGGGCUCCGGCCACCCCACAUCAUGCUGCAGCGCCGCUGAGAUAAUGGCUGUCCUCUUCUUCCAUACCAUGCGCUACAAGUCCCAGGAUCCUCGGAACCCUCACAAUGAUCGCUUUGUGCUUUCCAAGGGCCAUGCAGCUCCCAUCCUGUAUGCAGUCUGGGCCGAAGCUGGUUUCCUGCCUGAGGCCGAGCUCCUGAACCUGAGGAAGAUCAGCUCUGACUUGGACGGGCAUCCUGUCCCGAAACAAGCGUUCACCGACGUGGCCACUGGCUCCCUGGGCCAGGGCCUUGGGGCUGCUUGUGGAAUGGCCUAUACAGGCAAAUACUUCGACAAAGCCAGCUACCGAGUCUACUGCAUGCUGGGAGAUGGGGAGCUGUCUGAGGGCUCUGUGUGGGAGGCCAUGGCCUUCGCCAGCAUUUACAAGCUGGACAACCUCGUCGCCAUUCUUGACAUCAACCGCCUGGGCCAGAGCGACCCUGCCCCACUGCAGCACCAGGUGGACAUCUACCAGAAGCGUUGUGAGGCCUUUGGCUGGCACGCCAUCAUUGUGGACGGACACAGCGUGGAGGAGCUGUGCAAGGCCUUUGGCCAGGCCAAGCACCAACCCACAGCCAUCAUCGCCAAGACCUUCAAGGGCCGUGGGAUCACAGGGGUAGAAGAUAAGGAGUCCUGGCACGGAAAGCCCCUCCCCAAAAACAUGGCUGAUCAGGUCAUCCAGGAAAUCUUCAGCCAGAUCCAGAGCAAAAAGAAGAUCAUGGCCACUCCCCCACAGGAGGAUGCCCCCUCGGUGGACAUCACCAACAUCCGCAUGCCCACCCCGCCCAGCUACAAAGUUGGGGACAAGAUAGCCACCCGCAAGGCCUAUGGGCAGGCUCUGGCCAAGCUGGGCCAUGCCAGCGACCGCAUUGUUGCGUUGGAUGGGGACACCAAGAAUUCUACCUUUUCGGAGUUCUUCAAAAAGGAGCACCCCGACCGCUUCAUUGAGUGCUACAUUGCUGAGCAGAACAUGGUGAGCAUUGCAGUGGGCUGUGCUACACGCAACAGGACAGUGCCCUUCUGUAGCACUUUCGCGGCCUUCUUCACGCGGGCCUUCGACCAAAUUCGUAUGGCGGCCAUCUCCGAGAGCAACAUUAACCUCUGUGGUUCCCACUGUGGCGUGUCCAUUGGGGAAGACGGGCCCUCUCAGAUGGCCCUGGAAGAUCUGGCCAUGUUUCGGUCCAUCCCUUCCUCUACUGUCUUUUAUCCAAGUGAUGGGGUUGCAACGGAGAAGGCAGUGGAAUUAGCAGCUAAUACAAAGGGCAUCUGCUUCAUCCGGACCAGCCGCCCAGAAAAUGCCAUCAUCUAUAACAACAACGAGGAUUUCCAAGUUGGACAAGCCAAGGUGGUCCUGAAGAGCAAGGAUGACCACGUGACGGUGAUUGGGGCUGGAGUGACUCUGCAUGAGGCCUUAGCUGCUGCUGAGCUGCUGAAGAAAGAGAAGAUCAACAUCCGGGUGCUGGACCCCUUCACCAUCAAGCCCUUGGACAGAAAACUCAUUCUUGACAGUGCCCGAGCUACCAAAGGCAGGAUCCUCACAGUGGAGGAUCACUACUAUGAAGGUGGCAUAGGUGAGGCAGUGUCUACUGCAGUAGUGGGAGAGCCUGGAGUCACUGUCACCCGCCUGGCUGUUGCCCAAGUACCAAGAAGCGGAAAGCCGGCUGAGCUGCUGAAGAUGUUUGGCAUUGACAAGGAUGCCAUUGCACAAGCCGUGAGGAGCCUUGUCGCCAAGGCCUAGGGAGGGUCUGAAGUGCCGGGUGGGGGUUCUAUGCAUUCCUGAAAGAUUCUAGCAAAGGUGCUCAAAAAAAAAAAUGUACUGAGAAGAAAGGUAAAUAUAUGUUUUGAGAAAAAUGA